GAACACAAAUAAUAGAAUCUGUCAAAAAAGAUACGUGUGUGCGUUUUUUUCCUGCGACAAAUUUUCUCCGUUUUUCCAGAAAAUUAGUGACUUUCCCACUACCAAAAAGAUGAAUGAGGACAAGGCAUCCGACGAUUCGCUGUACCCCAUUGCGGUGCUCAUCGAUGAGCUGAAGAAUGAGGACAUCCAGCUGCGCCUGAACUCCAUUAAGAAACUCUCGACCAUUGCCCUGGCCCUGGGUGAGGAGCGAACCCGCACGGAGCUCAUUCCCUUCCUCACGGAAACCAUUUAUGACGAGGAUGAGGUGUUGCUGGCGCUUGCCGAUCAAUUGGGGCAAUUUACGAGCCUCGUUGGUGGGCCCGAGUACGCCAUGUACCUCUUGCCGCCACUCGAGUCCCUGGCUACGGUGGAGGAGACAGUGGUGCGCGAUAAGGCCGUGGAGUCCCUCCGGAUUGUUGCUGCACAACAUAGUGCGGCUGACUUGGAAGCCAGUGUCGUACCCACGCUCCAGCGUCUCGUCACCGGGGAUUGGUUCACCUCGCGCACUUCAGCGUGUGGACUACUGUCCGUGUGCUAUCCACGCGUCUCGCAGCCCGUGCGAGCGGAAUUGCGCGUUAGUUUCCGGAAGCUCUGUUUGGAUGAGACACCAAUGGUACGACGGGCUGCUGCCAGCAAACUCGGGGAAUUUGCAAAAGUUGUGGAACCGGAAUCACUUAAAUCCGACAUUAUUCCGAUGUUUGUGCAUUUGGCACAGGAUGACCAGGAUUCGGUGCGUCUCCUGGCUGUAGAGGCGUGCGUCAGCAUCGCGCAGUUGCUUCAGCAGGAUGAGCUGGAGCAUCUGGUGAUGCCGACGUUGCGUCAAUGCGCCGGAGACUCCUCCUGGCGCGUCCGCUACAUGGUGGCUGAUCACUUCACGGAACUCCAGAAAGCUCUUGGGCCUGAGAUCACUAAAACCGACCUUGUGCCCGCUUUCCAGUAUCUACUGAAGGACUCAGAGGCUGAGGUUCGUGCAGCUGCAGCCACAAAAGUGAAGGAAUUCUGCACUAAUUUGGACAAAACGAAUCGCGUGCAGAUCAUCAUGACGUCAAUCCUUCCGUACGUGAAGGAGCUCGUAUCUGAUCCCAAUCAGCACGUCAAGUCAGCCCUGGCAUCUGUUAUUAUGGGUUUGAGCCCAAUCCUUGGGAUGUCCAACACGGUGGAGCAUCUCCUGCCGCUGUUCCUUAUUCAGCUCAAGGACGAAUGCCCGGAAGUUCGCCUGAAUAUAAUCUCAAACUUGGAAUGCGUGAAUGACGUGAUUGGGAUUCAGCAGCUGUCGCAGAACCUGCUGCCGGCGAUUGUUGAGCUGGCAGAGGAUACAAAAUGGCGUGUUCGUUUGGCCAUCAUUGAGUACAUGCCUCUGCUGGCCGGGCAGCUGGGGCAGGAGUUCUUUGACCAGAAAUUGCGAGCUUUGUGCAUGGGAUGGCUGAAUGAUCACGUGUACGCCAUCCGGGAGGCGGCAGCGCAGAAUAUGAAGAAGCUCGUUGAGCAAUUUGGUGCUGCGUGGGCAGAAACCGCCAUCAUCCCCAUGAUUCUCGUCAUGUCGCGCAACAAGAACUACCUGCACCGCAUGACGUGCCUCUUCUGCAUCAAUGUCCUCGCUGAGGUGUGCGGCACGGAGAUCACUACGCGUGUCCUUCUGCCAACAGUGGUUGCCCUUGCGACGGAUCUCGUGGCCAAUGUGCGCUUCAAUGUGGCCAAGACGCUCCAGAAGAUCUCACCCUUUAUCGACACUACAGCCAUUGAGACGCAGGUGAAGCCAGUCCUGGACACUCUGAAUACCGACAAAGACGUGGACGUCAAAUACUUUGCGUCAGAAGCCAUUGCCGGCAUUGCUGGUUGAAAAGAGCAGAUUAGAGCAAGGCGCAAAUGGAAAGAAUAACUUUAAAUAAUAUUUUUAUCAACACAUUAGAACUUUACUUACAUUAUUAUUAUUAAAAUAAACAAAACAAUUGAAAAAAAAAUGAAAACUAAAUAAUGAGAAAUAACUGGUAUAUUAUGGAAGUAUAUAAUUAUGAUAAUAAGUGUAAGAAUAGAGUUAGAGGAAAAAAUCAGCAAUGGGUUUUCCUCUUUUUGCUAAGAAAGAAAGGAAAAUUAUUUAAUUAGUGUUCUAAGAGAUGAACUUUUCAGAGAAAACAAAUUGAUGUGUAAACCACACAGAGAGAGAAAAAUAAAAAUUUUAGAACUAUCAAAAUAAAGAA